UUCUACAAAAACCCUAGUUCACUUUCUCCUUUUUUCUCUUAAUUCACUCACUUCCUGCUCUCUCUCGUUGUGUCGCUUCUCCUGCUUGCGGAAGAACGCUCCUGCUCUCAAAUCUGAAAUUGGAGCUACAAGUUUUUCCGUUAAGCCAUGGCUCUGGUACUGCAUGCUGGGAAGACCAACAAAAAUGCUUUCAAGUCACUGAUUGCGGCAGAGUACUCUGGUGUGAAAGUUGAACUGGUUGAGAAUUUUGAGAUGGGUGUCUCAAAUAAGACUCCUGAAUUCCUCAAGAUGAAUCCUAUUGGGAAGGUUCCUGUGUUGGAGACACCGGAUGGGCCUUUAUUUGAGAGCAAUGCUAUUGCCCGAUAUGUUACCCGCUUGAAGGCUGACAAUCCUCUAUAUGAUUCAUCCCUGAUUGAUUUUGCCCAUAUUGAGCAAUGGAUUGAUUUUGCAUCAUUAGAGAUUGAUGCCAAUCUCAUGGCUUGGCUUAGACCUAGAAUGGGAUUUGCCCCAUAUCUUCCUCCGGCUGAGGAAGCUGCAAUUUCUGCAUUAAAGAGAGGUUUGGGUGCUCUGAACACUCAUCUUGCCUCGAACACCUACUUGGUUGGGCAUUCUGUGACCUUGGCUGACAUUAUUACUACAUGCAAUCUUUAUAUGGGAUUUGCUCUACUCAUGACUAAGAGCUUCACUUCAGAGUUCCCCCAUGUUGAGAGAUACUUCUGGACCAUGGUUAAUCAGCCAAACUUCAAAAAGAUAUUGGGUGAAGUCAAGCAGACGGAAUCAGUUCUUCCUGUCCAGUCUACUAAGAAGCCUGCCCAGCCUAAAGAAUCUGCUAAAUCGAAGCGUAAGGAUGAACCUAAGAAAGAAGCCAAAACGGAGAAAGAGCCAGCAAAGCCCAAAGAAGCCGCUGAGGAAGAGGAAGAGGCACCAAAGCCCAAACCCAAGAAUCCUCUUGAUUUGCUGCCUCCAAGUAAGAUGAUACUGGAUGAAUGGAAGAGACUGUACUCAAACACCAAGACCAACUUCCGGGAGGUUGCAAUUAAAGGAUUUUGGGACAUGUACGAUCCUGAGGGAUACUCACUGUGGUUCUGUGACUAUAAAUACAAUGAUGAGAACACUGUGUCGUUUGUUACUCUGAAUAAGGUCAGUGGAUUUCUUCAACGGAUGGAUCUGGCUCGCAAGUAUGCAUUUGGAAAGAUGCUAGUGAUUGGCGAAAACCCUCCAUACAAGGUUAAGGGGCUGUGGCUUUUCCGAGGCCAAGAAAUUCCUCAAUUUGUCAUUGAUGAGUGCUAUGACAUGGAACUGUAUGAGUGGAAAAAGGUUGAUAUCUCUGAUGAAGCUCAAAAGGAGCGUGUCAACCAGAUGAUUGAAGACCAGGAGCCUUUCGAGGGAGAGCCUCUUUUGGAUGCCAAGUGCUUUAAAUGAAGUAACUCUUAUCAUUAAAAUUAUGUUUUUGUCUGCAUCUACUUUUUUUUUUUUCAUAUUUUAUUUGGGAGUGAGUUUGCAUCUCUUGUUUCAGACAGACUUAAGUCCAGCUUUUCUGAUUUUACAUAGUGUAACUUCACUUUUGCCCUUCCAAUGUCCUCAUAAACAUAGUUCUGAAUUGUUAUUUGGUGCAUUUUGAUUAUAAGAGUAAUUUUGUUAUUAA